UCAAAGAUAUUUGGCAGUUGAUACAACUUGGAUGCACGGGUGAAGUACUAAAGACGUUGAGGAGUUGGAAGAAUGUGUUGGCAACACUCACUACUGGGUCAUCUCCCGGUUCAAUAGCUUUUAUGUUGCAAUAUUUAAGGGUUGUGAAACUGAUGGCAAAGAUAUGGCUGCGCUUUAUCUCCCCAAGAAAAGUCUGCCUUUAUGGAAUGGGAGAGGUGGGUCUCUUAUUGGGAAAACUAGACACAACCCUUAGAGAAAUGAGGUAUAGGUUCAUAGGGUUGAGUAAAGAAGAGGAGUUGCAUGUCUUGGAGCUGAUAUUACUGAAUUUUAUACUAAGGUUGUCCAGUGUUGAAGUCUACUAUGAUUUUACAACUUUGAAGAAUCUGCAUUCUACAUUGUCACGGGUAGAAUUUCUCCAUGAGGAAUUAUCCAUUCAACCUUCCAAUUUCGUGACUGAACUCAAGAAAUCAUUGCACGAGAUUGGUUUCUCUACUGAUGGACCUUUCUACACCCCAUUUCUGAUUCAGAAGUUAGUUGAAUUUUUCUCCUUGAAGCAGUUUGUCUUCUGUGGAAAACUCAAGCACAUAAUUGCAGAAUUGGACGUUCAUGAUAAUGACUUUGAAAAUCCUUUUCACUUCAUUUCAGGGCUUCCUGUUGGUAUACCAUUAGAGAUCACUUUGUAUAAUAUCUCGAGGGAGAAUAGGUUGUGGCUGCAACUGGCUGUGGAUGAGACUUUAACUGAAUUUGUUUUCUUGGAUUUGGAACGAUUUGGAGGCAGCAACCAAAUCAGGAAAUUCACAUUCGUUGCACCCUUCUACAAAACUCCAAAAGCAAAUUCUUUUUCAAUGAGGGUUUACAUUGGUAUGGAGUGCUUGUCUGAGGAUGUUUAUUCAUUCAAAAGACGUGGGGGUCCAAAACGGGAGUUAGUUUUUCUGUGCAAGGAAAAGGAAGUGUUUCUUUCAAUGGGUGUGAAAGAGUGAUUGGUUAUUUUAUUUUCCUUUGGGUAAACAGUAUCGCAUUGAAAAGAUAGACCACAUGUUUUUAUGUUUAAAAACUGCAGGCUUGCUGAUCAAUCUAUUGAGAAAAUGACGUGGACCCUUUUUUCUUUUACAUUCCCAUGGACUUUGAAGUAAUUUAGAAGGGAGUAAUAUAUGUCAGCUAAUCAUCACAUUCUUGGACAAUAAAUGUCCUUGUAUUUGUGUGGAAAACAGAGAGGGCCAAUCUUUCUCAAGCAUAAGAGGUAUGCUGAUGAUUCUAUAAGAAGUUUGAGAUGAAUUGGAGAUGAAGCAUGUGCUGUUCUGAUCAUAUUGUUCCAGCACUGGCUUCCAGUAAAGACAGUGAAAGCAGCAGCCUCGGGAAGAGAUGACACCAAAUGGUAAUCUACCAACUCUUUCCAUUUAUCCGAAGUGCUUGAUUCCAGACUUGAGUUUGCACUUUGCAUAUGAUUUUCUUCUUUGAACUCUCAUCACCUUGAAUAAAGGGAUAUUGUGUGAUGCAGAUGCUCUAUGCAUUUUGGAACAAUCUGGAGGCUAACUUCUCUUAAAGGUGCCUUUAGUCCUCCACUGUUUCUCUUGGUCUGCUCAAUUACACUCGCAGUUCAUGCCUGUUACAUUUUCCAUUAUAUACUUUGUGUUGUUGUCACACAGCUGUGUUUGUGUGUCUGGCAAGGAUGUGAAGAACUUCCUGCCAUUCCGCCAACCUUUAAUUCUGACAUUUCCUCCCUUAGCCAAAGGUGCCCCUGGAAGUAGUUCUCAUUUGACAUGGCAGUCAAAAAUCUUACCAAAAAAUUUGCUUCUGGUACGUAUUCUCUAUAAUCCAGAGAUCAAACAGUAAAGCUGCUAAAUGGGAGGUGGUUAUUAAAACUA